CAUAGAUUCUCUACCCAAGUAAACUCUCGCACAAACUUAAUAGUAUUCAAAUUGAUUACGUGGGACUGUAUAACUGCAAAGGGUUCUGGGUAUAGAUGCCAGAUUUACAAUGGUGUUAUGGACUCUAAGGUUUAUCAACAUGUUCUUGGCACUACAUACAUGGAAACACUGGACUACUGUGGUUUUGGCAAGGCACAAGUUUACCUUCAGCAUGACAAUGACCCAAAGUACAAGUCAAAGUCAACUUAACAAUGGUUAACAGAUAACAAUAUACGACACAUUGACGGCUAACCCUCUCAAAGCUCUGGUUUGAACCCAAUGGAACACGUUUGGCAUCGAUUAAAGCUUCGUCUCAGUUCGUACAGUAUCCAUGUCAGGAAUGUCGAUGAGCUUUAGGAAAGAGUCAACAGAGAAUGGAACAGCUUCGAUGGAGGCCUCUGCAGACAUUAUAUUGAUGGCAUGCCAGCAAGAAUGGAGGCUGUUAUAAGGGCCAAAGGCGAGCACACGUCGUAUUAAUAAACAUACCAUUUUUUUUAAUCUUUAAUUUUUCGCAUACAGAAGACACUCCACACAGGAGUAUUCUUUUAUA